UUCAAUUUCAGAAACAGCGUGUCGCCAGGCAGAUUUUUCUUCAUGGCAUGCUUUAUAAAUUUGACGAGGUUGUGAAAGAAUGUAACAGAGAGUCAGUUUUUUUCUUCUCUCACGGUUUUAAGAAGGGUUCUUAGUAACUAGGAGUUGUAAAUUACAUACAAAUGUGAACGUAUCAACCGGUUGGAACGCAAAAGCUUUCUACUUUCUUUAUUGUCAAUGCCAUGCAGUGACGCGUGCUGCACUUCUCUGACUGGAAGACGACGGGCAAAAGUUUCAAUGCUGGACGUGAACGGCGGCGGCAGCAGCAGAGGCUUUCAUCUGUAAAUUUAACGGACUGUGGGCGUUAUGGCUAAUAAUCUGCAAGAGAACCAAACGACUAAAGUCCAAAAAAAGCAAAGCAAGUCCUGCUUCGGAGAUAUCAGAGCUUUUGUUGCUACCCUUUGCCUAAUUCUAAGCGCUAACAGCAUUGGCAAUGCUUACUUGAUCAGUAUGCUAAGCACUUUGGAAAAGAGAUUUAGUCUGAGGACAACUGAACUUGGCCUAAUCGCAAGUGGUUUUGAAAUUGGAAACCUUUUAGUAAUCCUUUUAGUAAGCUAUUUUGGUGGGAAGGGUCACAGACCAAGACUUAUUGGAUGUGGCGGAAUUAUCAUGGCACUUGGCUCACUUCUGUGUGCUUUACCUGAAUUUGUGAGCCACCAAUACGAUUACCAAAAAGUGAAAAUAUCAACAUCAAGAGAUACAUGCUCAAUUGGAAAACCACCAACAGAUCAAAAUUCUGCUAUGGAGAGUUGUGAGGAGACGCAAUCCACAAACAUGAUGUAUAUGCUGAUGGUGGUGGCACAAGUUUUGAUUGGUAUUGGAGCAUCCUCUGUGCAGCCUCUGGGUGUAUCUUAUAUGGAUGACCACGUCAAAAAGAAAGAUUCUUCUCUUUACUUAGGUAUAAUACUGACAACCACAUUGUUUGGACCCUUGUUGGGAUUUCUAAUGGGAGCUUUGUUUACUAAGGUUUAUGUAGAUGCCAUCUUCAUUGACACAGAAAAGCUGAACAUAACUACUGAUGAUCCUCGGUGGAUUGGAGCAUGGUGGGCUGGUUUUCUCGUUUGUGCAGUACUUCUGUUUUUCACUUCUUUAAUUAUGUUUGGCUUUCCUCGAUCCAUGCCUUUGAAGAAUUUUCCAGAAAACAAAUUGUCCAAGUUGUUGCUUCCUGUUAAGGAACCCAAGGAACAAGGAAAAAAUAUUCCUGAUGGUAACAGAGAACAAGAGAAAAAAGAGAAACAAGUGUGCUGUCACCAUUUUUUAGCAAUCCUAAGUGUAACUAAGCAGUUGUUGCAGAAUCCUGUUUUUGCCUGCAUUGUCCUGGCUGCCUGCAUGGGACUGGCAGCAAUUGGUGGAAUGUCUGCUUUUCUGGGAAAAUAUUUGGAGUCACAGUUUGGAUUAAAUACAGCAUAUGCUAAUCAGCUAAUAGGAGUAGCGGCCAUUCCUUGUGUGUGCCUUGGGAUGUUUCUUGGGGGCUACUUGGUGAAAAAGUGCAACCUCACCCCCGUGGGAAUUGUUAAACUGGGCAUGGCUGCCAACAUGCUUUGUUCAGCUGCAUUUGUGUUUCUGCUUUUCCUGGGCUGUGAAACAGGACCUGUUGCAGGGUUAACCUCUGGCUACAUGAAUAGAACAGACUGGGAUUUCCCAAAAAAUCUCACGUCAUGGUGCAACGAAGAAUGUGGAUGUACUCUUGAAACACUUAAUCCAAUCUGUGGGUCUGAUGGCAUCACCUACAUGUCUCCAUGUUUUGCUGGAUGCAUUGACACUAAUUUUACUUCCUGUGCUUGCAUAAACACUGGCAGCCCAAUAGGUGCAGCUGCAGUUCCAGGACAAUGUCCAAGCUCUGGUUGCCAAGGGACGUUUCAUGUUUUUUUUGCUGUUUUCUGCACAGGAUGUUUCAUUGGAGCCAUGGGUCACACUCCAACAGUUGUUAUUCUCAUACGGGCUGUCAAUCCCAUUUUUAAAUCAUACGCACUUGGAAUUCAGUUCCUAUUACUCAGAGUGCUCGCAUUUAUUCCCAUGCCUCUUGUUUUUGGAGCAGCAAUUGAUUCUACUUGCCUUGCUUGGUCUGAAUCCUGUGGGAAAAGGAGAACGUGCUCUCUGUACAACAACGACUCAUACAGAUACCUUUAUUUCAGCAUUUCUGUAGGCUUGAAAACUGCAGCUCUCAUCCUGAUGACUAUAGUGUGGCACUGCAUUAAGAGUAAUCCAAAAAAAUAUUUACAUGGGGAUGAAGACAGUACUGAAAAACUGACUCCCACAGAACUUUUUGCUUCCACGUUGACUUUAGAAACAGCUGGCACCGCCAAAUCUGCUGCGGCAAGGACUACAUUUAUUUACCAUUUAGGAGACAAUGAAAUGUGUGAAAACAUUGAAUCUGUUCUUUGAAGUGGUGAAAUACAAAUUAAAGUACUGAAAACGCCCUGGCCAGAUACGGCACAAACCAAGAAUUAAUCACAGGAGUACAAAGAGGCUUCUUUCGUGGGAUUUUCCUUGGUGCUGGAAGAGGCCUUGCUUGCGUCCAGAGUUUUAUUUCAUAAUAUCCACUGUAAUGCCUAUCUUGAUGAAAACUAUUGCACUGCCGAAGAGAGUAAUUUAUGGAGGAAGAUGUGAAACUGUGCAUACUCAAGUUCAAUGAGGCGUUUACAUUCUAUAGAUGUACGUAUUAAGAAAACAGUUCCAAAUGACAUCAAUACUGUACCUUUAUUACUUGCCAAACAUACCACAAUGCAAUGAAUGUCCUAUUGGUUAUAUUUACAAAAAUCAAAAUCAAACUUUCCCGGGUUGUAUGGGAGUCUAAACUCAACUAGUUUAAUUGCUCAAAGUAUAAUUAUUUGAUGUAUGUUAACGCAGAACAGCACAUUACAAGUCCUUACAUACCAAAAUGUACUUUUUCUUUCAUUGGUACAACAUUACAAAAUCUGUAAGAGGAAGCAUUUGUGUGUGUGUGUGCGUGUGUGUGACUUGUGUACUUGUAUUUCAUACAAUAGGUAUGUUUUAUAAAGGUUGUACAUUGCAAACAAUAGUUUUUGUAACUCAUUAAUUUUUAGAUUAGAGUAAUUAAAUUGCUAUUGCAGUCAAAAUGCAAGUUUACAUAAGGGAGAGUGAAUCUUGACUCGGCUUAUAACCUCACAAUAGCUUGUGCUUUAAUUUUUUUUAAAGGAAAAGAAUUCAAAGUGUAUUUAUUUUAUAAAUGCCAGUGCCUAAAGGGUAGCAGAACAAUGGUGUGUCUGUUUUGUUCUACUAUACUUGUACUGUACAAUUUAUUUUCAUCUUCUGCAUUAUGCUUUAGCUAACUGUUGUGAAAGUGGACUAUUAAUAUAGCCCAAGCCAGUUUUAUUGUAAUAAUGUUGAUUUUUAAUAAACUGUAUAUAUUA